ACUAAGCUAAACUCAACUCAAACAAAAUGAAAUUCAUCAUUGUCUUCGUUGCCCUCUUCGCCUUGGCUUUGGCCGCUCCCGCCGAAGUUGAAAUCCUUAAGAGCGAAUCUGAAGUUGGUCCCGAAUCCUUCCAAUACGCUUAUGCCACCAGCGAUGGUGCCGAAGCUGAAGCUCAAGGUCAAUUGAAGAAUGUCGGCUCUGAAGAUGAAGCUAUUGUUGUCAAGGGCUCUUACUCCUUCGUUGCUGAUGAUGGCCAAACCUACACCGUCACCUAUGUUGCCGAUGAAAACGGUUUCCAACCCCAAGGUGCCCAUUUGCCCGUUGCCCCUGAAGCUUAAGUUGUCUGAUUGUUGUUUAGUUAGUUAAUAAU